CACGAACAGCAAAGCGGAAAGGAUACAAGUAAAAGUAAUAGUGCACAGUGCUACUUGCCCCAUCUUGAGUUGGUUGUGAGAGAGACUACUCACUCACUCACCACUCUACUCUGCAGACGGGACACUCCUGACAACUCGGGUGCCAAGACUCUCUUGGUCGCUGGUGAAAACAAUGCCAGAACUUCUGGCACUGUUUUCACCAGAAGGUAGCUAUAUAGUCGCGCCUUAUCUCUAUUGUGCCACUUAGCCUUACUUUUUUUUAUCCUUAUGAGCUUCUACCAGUUCUGGUAAAAGUCGUCCUGUCAUGUUCAGAAUUUUAUUUGGCUUAAAAGGUGUAUUUUAUUGUGAAAAGACCGAAAACUUGCAAUUUUUGGCACUCUGGUCAUUUCAAUUUCAAUGCCUAGUGGGGAAUAUGCAUUUCCCACUAGGCAUUAAUGAGUGUGCAUAAGUCUCAAGAAAAUCCCCAGGGCCUCUCAGAUACAACGGAAGUCGUCAGUCAUGCGGUGGUCCAGCGAUCAAGGUACUUGGUGUUGUUCGAGCAGCAUGUCGUGAACAUCAGCAAAGUGUUCUACAUGUUCACCAGUUACCCGUUCAGUCCAGAGGGUCACCGAGCUACCCUGGGCAGCUGGAGUAACAAGACCAUCACAUCGGUCGUGGACUUGUUUCCUGAUCGCUACCCAGACCUGCAGGGAGCGGUGUUGUAUCUCGCUUCCUGGUGUGAUGACUUCCCGAUCAUCUACGUGAGUGGUGAUGGCUGUAUCGGUUCCAGUCUGGACACUCUUUCUCUUAUCGCCCACAAACUCAACUUCACCUACGAGGUACAAAGAGAGACUCAAGACCAACACUGGGGCGCCUUGGAGAAUGGGAAUUGGACUGGUAUGUUGGGUGACCUUAAAUACAAUGGUAAGGACUUAGCCCUUAACUGGUUCCUUCUUAACCACAACCGCUGGAAGGCCUUCGACGCCCUCUACCCAUACUACGCUGAAGGUUUCGGGUUUCUGGCGCGUCUCCCGGAGCCAGCACCUCGGUGGAAGAACUUGACCUACUCCUUCACUACCAAUUUGUGGCUCAUCAUCGUCUGCUCCACCAUGGUCGUCUCGUGUAUGUUCUCUGCUUUGAUGCCGCGUCAUAUGACAGAGGGAACCGUCGACCAUAUCCAGCAAAUCAUCUUGGUAUGUGCGGGCGUGGUGAGACAGGUGGUUGAUCUGGGCGGUGACGGGAGAUGGGCGUGGCAGCGGGUGUGGCUGGGCUGGUGGUGGUUGGGCUGUAUCAUCCUAACCACCGCCUACACCUGUAACCUCAUCGCCUUCCUCACUGUCCCUGUCUACACCACCCGCAUUGAGACUGUCGCCCAUCUUGCUGCCUCAGACCUCAGGGUCAUAAUGCAGGAUUAUGGGAGCUUCUUGCCAGAGGCGCUGAAGGAGUCGUCGGAUCCCCACCUGUAUACGUUGGGUCACAAGUUGGAUUUAUACCCGUAUGAGGAAGCGUAUGACCCAGCUAUCUACGGCGUCUUGAACCGCACUCACGCCCUCACAGAGACCUACUCCUACCUCAUGAACCUCCAGAUCCAGUAUAAUGUUACCCAGGACACCUACCUCAUGAAGGAACAGGUGUACCCGGGUCACAUGUCCUGGUUCAUGCCCAAGAACACCCCGUACUCAGCCAAGGUGUCCGCCCUCCUCACCAGACUCCGGGAAGCGGGGGUUAUUAACAAGUUCUUUCUCAUACACUUUGCCCGCGUGUCUGAGACCUUCAAGAACACCCAGGAGUCCACGAUGCAGGCCCUGAGUAUCAAACACCUCCAGGGUGCCUUCCUACUGCAUCUGCUAGGUCUCGUUGCUGCUCUACUGAUCCUCCUCUUAGAGCUUUUCGUCUUCUGCUUAGCUUGACUGCUGCUCUACUGAUCCUCCUCUUAAAACUCUUCGUCUUCUGCUUAGCUUGACUGCUGCUCUACUGAUCCUCCUCUUACAACUCUUCGUCUUCUGCUUAGCUUGACUGCUGCUGCUCUACUGAUCCUCCUUUUCGAGCUAUUCGUCUUCUACUUAACUUGACAGCUUUGCCCCACGACAAAAGUUCUCUGUUGUCUUCUGCUGGACUUCGCCAUUGCUGUUCUACUACUACUACUACUUGAGCUCUACUUCACCACUGACGUUAUGAAGGCACUUGAUAUACAAUGUAAUUAUUAAAAAAAACAUCACAGCUAUUGUAUUUAUAAGGCAGUGUACUGAAAGUGUAGUUAUAUUUGACUAACACACCCCACAGUUUAUGUAUCAUCAAAACAGUGUAGUAACAGUAUACAGUAUGAGCAAUAAACUUAUACCGUAAUUGCCAAUCAACCAAAGGAAAAUAAAACGUACUUGAAUUGCCUAAUCACAUUUUAUUAUAUAUAUAUUUUUUAUUUUUUUCUAAUUUCAUUUUCUUGUCCUGAAUAGCCACUAAAACGUAUCCCAUAAUUUGAUCUUAAACAAAAUUUAUCUCUAUGUAAUUAUCAGCAAAUUAUUUUAUAUAUAAAACUAAAAUUAUCGAAGACACAUAUUAAUGAUAAUUUACAGCCGUAACUUCUCUUUGCAACAAAAGAGUAUAAUUAUGUGGAGAUUAUCAUGAUGGAAAUUAAUACAUUGGUCUGUAGUUUGUACUGUAAAAUAUGUUAAUCUGAAUACAUUUGUGAAAACUAGCAUAUAAAACAAA